AUAUAGCUUCUACUGAUUCUCAGCACUUAGAGAGAGACGAAAAGCUACCUCAUAGAGAGAUAGACGUUUGACUUUAGAGAGGGAGAUUAUGGGCGGCACUAGAAGAUCCUUAUAAGAACGAACAUAUACAGGAGUUUUGAGCUUUUUGAAUAGAGAUAGAUAGAGAGAGAGAGAGAGAGAGGUCCUUACAAUAAACCAACCCGUUUGUGAACGGUUCGGACGAUUAGACCGGCUAUUCUCCGGUUUUUCACAGAGGAAUAAGGUCCCUUCUCUUCAUCUCCAUUUCCACAAAAACCACGCUUUGAUCUUCACUUGCCCACGUCUUCUAAUGCUCUUAAAUCCUCCGAAUAUUAAGAUCACAAAAGCAGGGGCCAGGUUUCCAUCGAUUUACAGUCCCUUUCCUUCUCUUUCGUAUCGCAAGAGGAAAGUCAUCAGCCCCAUUUCUUCUUCACUGCCACUGGUUUUAAUGUCAAGCUAAAAUGGCGCUCAAUUGUUCAUCGAAGCGUUCGAAAACGAUAGUACAAGGUCUCUGUAAUCUCUAUUUUCACAGAACCCUCAAACCCAUUUCAAAAGAUGGUUUGUUUUCGUUACCAAACCCCUCAACCUUCCAUUCAAGCACCAAUGCAUACAAACAUCAAUAUCACAGCUCUUUUCCCAAUAUUUACCGAUUUGGGUUUUCUCAUUCAAGGAGAAUGGCAUCUGGGUUUAUUUCAAAACCUCCUCAAAAGCUUGCUUUAAUGGAUUUCAGGCCUAUUUCUUUGAAACCCAGAAUUGGGUCUUUCUCAUUUGGCAGUUUAGGGUCUUCUGGUAAGGUGAAUGCUGGGUUGUCUAAGUUUUUUGAUAAGCCAUUGUCAGCCAUUGGUUCGACCUUUUCUCGGUAUCCAGAGGCUGUGGGCCUUCAGAUGGAGGCCUUCUGGAAGAGGAAUUCUUUGGUUUUGCUUGGAGCGUUUGGUCUUGGGGUUUGCAUUUUGCUUUGGAGAGUUAUGUUUGGGAUAGCUAGUAUGUUUGUUGGGCUCUCAGAAGGCAUGGCCAAAUAUGGGUUUCUUGCUCUUGCAUCUGCAAUUGUUGCCUUCACAGGUCUUUAUCUUCGUUCUCGAUUUACCAUCAAUCCAGAUAAGGUUUAUAGAAUAGCUAUGAGGAAGUUGAAUACAUCAGCUGGAAUACUUGAGGUCAUGGGUGCUCCUCUAUCAGGAACAGAUGUGAGAGCUUAUGUUAUGUCUGGUGGAGGGCUUCGAUUGAAGAGCUUCAAACCAAGGCUUGGUGGGAAAAGAUGUUUUCUUAUAUUCCCAAUACGAGGCUCUGAAAGGAAAGGGCUUGUCAGUGUUGAAGUUAAAAAGAAACAAGGCCAGUAUGAUAUGAAGCUACUUGCAGUAGAUGUUCCCAUGACUUCUGGACCAGACCAGCGCCUGUUUCUGAUUGGCGAUGAGGAAGAGUAUAAAGUUGGAGGUGGUUUGAUAUCAGAGCUCAGAGACCCUAUUGUGAAAGCCAUGGCUGCCGCGAAAGAAUUCGAGGACAUUGACCAGAAGGAAGAAGAAGAGGAUGAGAAAAGAGAGCUUCAGGAAGCCGAAAGAAAGAGGCAAGAAGAGAUUGAAAACCCGGAGAAAGGUUCUUGAUUGGAAUAUGACUGACAAAACCUGGACAAUAGUUCUUCAUGAGAACAUGUGAGGUCUCUCUCUCUCUCUCUCUCUCAGAGUGUGUGUGUGUGUCAGUCACAUGCUUGCAUGGCUAGACAAUGUGCCAAUUGAUAGUUUCUUUCCUUUUGAAAGACUAAGGCCAGAGAUAAAACCCAGAAAAAGGCACUGAAAAUCAUCUCCAUCUUCCUCUCUCUGCCCUUCUCUGUGGUUAGAGAAGAGUGGUUGAAUGCCUUCUUCCUGAGAGGAACCCGAGAUCAAGGCUUUCGAAUAAAUUUUGUUUUCUUUUAUGCAAUUGAACUCUUCUAACUUUGUACCCUUUUUAUGGUUUGGGUGUGUAAAAUUUUCUUCAGUUAUUAUCGAAAUAUCUCAUUCAUGUGGUGUCUUUGGCUUGAA